AAUCGCUCUCCAUAUUAUGCUCAUUUGUGCUCAGAAAAACUGCUUUGACACACACUCCUUCACUCUCUGUACCUCUUCCUGUCUCAUUCCCUCUCGCAGACGCACGCAGGCUAAAGUGGUACCCUUCGGACACAUUAGAGGGAGGGUGGGGCGCCAGUAAAGAUUUCUUAAUGGGCUCUGCCGUCCUCUUGUCCAUCUGGCUUGAUGAUAAACACACAAGCUGCUCAACAUUAGCCUGAUGCGCAUCACAGCUAUCAUCGCUUUCUUGCUUUUUUUUUGUUUUAGUUUUGCAACAAACCAACAAUUUGAGACCCCUUUUCAAAAGAAGCGAACGCUCCAGGGAGUGAGGAUAAACACGUGGACUAAAUGAUCAUCAGUGUUUCAGCACUAAUGGAGAUGGAGAAGAUGGAAACCAAACAGUAGGAUUUAGCAGGACUUCUCUUUCCGUGGCGGCGGCGUAAAUCAUUUUGGAUUCCUGGUCUUCGUCAGAGUGCGCGGGGACCGCACUCUAAGCUGCUGUUUAUAUGUGAAUGACACCAUCCAGCCAGUCCCAGCCAAGCAGACACCUCAGAGACAGGUUGCAGUCCUGGAGGAGGAUGCCGUCCCUCCACCACGGAGCGAUCUUCGUCGGAGCCUUCCUCAUUGUGACCGGAGGCUCCACAGCCUUCCUGGCCCACUACCAAAGCCGCCUGCAGGCUUUCUCCCUCUGCUGCGUGGUGCUGGGAGUGGUCAUGCUUAUCCUGGGACUCUUCUGGGCCAUGAACAGCAAAAAUGUGGUGAACUACAACCACCGGGAGUUUGACCCGGACUGUCCCCAUUACCCGUACAACGACUACACCAACUACCCGAGCCACGCUCUCUUCUCUCCUCAGCUGAGUCGAUUCCCAGAGUCCCAGUCAGUGUUUCUGCCCAGGACAAUGGAAUGCCACAGGAACGCCGCCCGUGGUGAAGACUUUGACUAUCCACCCAUGGACUGUGGUGGGUUAAGCCCGGCACCUCGUCCUCCGCCAUGGCUGGAACCCCCGCCACCGUAUGAAGUUGCCAUCAAGACCACUUGUAGCUCUACACAUUUACGGCGUGCAUAUUCAGACACGCACCUAGCAACAGAGCCCUUGUUUGGACAGUCGAGAGAGAUCAGCUUUGAGGUGUGACAGCUCAUCUUCUCUGAAUGUCAAACCAGGUGACAAAUAGGAACAAAUUGAUGUUAGCGACCAAAGUCAUGAUUCGUUUGAAGCCUAUUACUUCUCCAUAAUUUAUAGAAUUUUGUUUCUAUGUUAAAUAAGUAAACAUGAGGAGGUUAGUUUGAGGUAAUUUGGACAAAGUAAAGCCCCAUAAGCCAACAUUUCACAAUACAAUGACCCUCUGUCUAUUGCUAACAAAUAUAGAGCUAGCUUAAAAAUUCUAUGUACAUUCCAUACUGAGGGGGUUAAGGUAUUGUUGUUGAGUUUUUUUUUAGGGAUUGACAGGAUGAUUUGUAUCACAAAACAUGUAUUAGAGAUAAUGUUAUUAUAAAUGAAGUAUGAACUAAAAAGUAGUCACAGCACAUUAGCUUAGCCUAGCUUAGCAAAAACACUGUGACGAGGCGAGUUCUUCCGUUUUAGAUAGGUGGGUUAAAAAAGAUAAACAAUGUAAUGAUGGCAUGUCUAUUGAUUUGUGGGUUUCACAUUUUUAAUUAGAUAUUAUUUCUGAAGCGAGAAGCUUUAAUGUACAAAGAUAUUGUUCACCUCUAUUUGCAUGAGGUUAAUUCAUUUAAAGGGACAAGGCCUUAAUCAUUUAUACCACUGAGCUUUAAUGCAGCUGAAAUUAAUGACUUACAGCGAAGAAAUGACAGAUCCUAACUUUUGUGAAUGGAGUUAUAUACACUUCUUUUUUGCAGUGAGUCCAACACUAAAACAGGGACAAAGAGAUUGAUUCACAUUUGAACUUAGACAUUUUAGAAAAUCCAUUUUUCCCUUUUUCCCCAUCCAUAAUAAGCAUCAAAGCAUAAUAUAGUGGAUUUCAAAAGUCUACAAACAGCUAUUAAAUGGAAAAUAAUGAUAAUAAAAUAAAACAAAAUAAAUUACACAAUGCUGUAUAAUUUCCAAUAUUUUCCACAUAUAAUAUGACUUAAAACUUGCACCAUUCUGAAUCAGAAUCAUAAUCAGCUUUAUUUCCCAGCUAUGUCUACAUGUGCGAGGAAUUUGAUUGUGCAUUGUAUAACGCUAAUGACGUGCUUGCUUAUAAAAUAAUACAAGAACACAAUAAGGCAGUCAUGUAAUCAAACACAGUCUGCAGUAUAGAGAACACACGUGUAAAAACUAUAAAGAAAACUGACAGAUUCAGACAAUAGUGCAAUAGUAAAUAGUGCAAUGAGCUGAUUGCAAGGAGUAAAUUAUUAUUAUCGUUUAUUGUUGUUAUUAUUACGUACAUGUCAGAGGUGGAAGUGAUAUAUAUGUGCACAUAUUCAUACACAGAUGCACAGUGUGAUGAGUGCAGAGAAUGCUAGAAUAAAAUAAAACAAAUUUGCUGGUAGUGGGGGUAAAAUAUAAAAAGGUACAACAUCCUGGCAUAUGUGUGCCCGUCCUUAACCUACUACAUUGUUGAAGGUACCUUUUGAUUCGAUUUCAGUACUUAUUCUUUUGCAGGAGUCUAUCAGCAACCUACAUUUAACUUGCUAUUAUUUGCCCACUAUACCUUCUUAUCUUGCUCAAGUUCUCACAAUCUAUUAGACUGUCUGCAGCCCUAUGGUGAUGACCGUCUGUCUGUCGAAUUUAAUUCUAAAUUUUAGCUAUGCCAAGCCAAAACUUUAUUUUUUAGCUCAUAAAAAGAAGUGUAAUUGGAUUUGGGUGAAUGUUUAGACACACCGUUAUGCUGAAGAAAUAAGUUCAUCUUCAGCCUAUUAGCAGAAACACUUUCUGAUAUUUGUAACUGUUCACACC